AUGAUCUGCCUCGGCGCAACGUUAUCCUUGUUUUUAUACAUAUCCGUCGCUUGCGGGCACCGGCAUCCUUCCGAUCUCAUCUGGCAGCUUGGCGAUGUCGACCACUAUCGUCCAACCAAGAACCCUUUACUUGGCUACCAGAAUUUUACGUGGUGUUGCGUGAAGGCGGUUGCGGAGGCUCUUGAGGUGGAGAACGGCCUCCUGAAACUUCGCCCUACCUACGACGACUGGAUCAUUGUCGAUAGCGGAAACGUCUCUGAUCUCGUCAAGUACACCGAUAGCUCGCUAUUUCCGUGUACAGCCACCUAUGUCAGAGGAAGCAACUAUAAGACCCCUAUUGUUCAAGUACCAUACGAAUGGUUUGUAGAUGUCUGUCCGGGAUGGCACCUCAACGACACAACUAACCUGAAUGCAUGGCUCCAACCACUAUCUGGAUUCCUCUUGCCCGCAGUCAUUUUCUGUAUGUCGGUCCCCAGAAGACGCAAACUUGGAGUCCCGCGAGCUUUGUUUAGCCCAGAACUCUCCCGCAGUAGUAGCUAUCUCGUUGUACUCCCUGCUGCAAUUCUUGCUGGUAUUAUGGUGUCUGUUGAUACUAUUAUUUGGCUCUGCACUUGCUUCGCUUUUGCCGGACCUAUGAUACUUAGCGGACUAUACGAGGCACUCCUCGACAACAGGAUACUUGAUUUUGUGAAAGAGAAAAUACUGAACAAAAGACUCACCUUGGACAUGCGAUGCCGUCUACUUAUGGUAGUCCUCAUCGGCAAUCUCGAUUUAGCCCUUGAUAAGCCUCAAAAUGAAGAGACAGUUCGAUCUGGGAGUAUUCAAAUCCCUCGGCGAUCAAGGGCAUCUCAAUUAGCCCCCGGAGAGCCUACGUCUCCCUCUGUCACCACCGACAACGACGGAAGCGCAGAGCAGUCAGUCAGCCAUGUUACCGUGGUAGUGGAUGAUAGAGAAUUGGAGACAAGAUUUGAAUUGGAAGACCGGGAACAAACAAGCAGGGACCGGUCCGGCUCAAGAAAUUCACAACUCUUAGUGCAGGCUAGCAACCGCACAAGUCAGGAGCCAAGUGCAAACGUCGUUCGGCGAUCAACAGACCAUCUUCAGGCUUCGCCUUGGCGACAUAUGGAGAGCCUUCUAUACGAUAUCCGCCUCUUCGACGCUGAUGAUCCCGCACGAUGGUUGUCGCCACGGCAGAUGGCUAGUGCAGGCCUUGCCUUCGGCCAAUGGUACAUGACAAUUCCACACAUUGCGAUAGUCUCAGGCCUCCUUCUAGCGGGCAAUAACCCCAAUAUCCUCGAAGGAGUCUUGGCUACCGUGCGAGACGGCCCAGAAGAGCGUGCGCCAGGCUCCUUAGGGUUCCGUUUCGAGCUGGCGUAUCCGAGUUGCUACAAAGUAGCCUGGCAAUGGCUGCGUGGCCCAAAAAAGCGCAGGUGGAUAGAUCAGAUAAUCAAGACGUAUCUCAGUAUCGAGGAUGUACGAUGUGGGGGGAAACCUGGUUCUGACGAUGAUAUAGGUGAGCUGCAAGAGCGGACAACAUUGUCACUAUUGGACUGGUCUUUAGUUCUAACCCUAACCUUACUUUUACUCGGUGUUCCCCUAAUUUUGGCCUUCUUGACGGCUUUUUACACACCUGUGGUUGGAAUAUCAUGUCGAUGUUUGACCAUCACCGUUUAUGGCUCCGUCCAGCUCGGUCAAAUAUUGCUCUGGCUCUGGGCCUAUACUGGUCCACCAACCGAAGUCAAGAACGGUACAGCCGUUGCAAACUUCUUCCGAAAACGGGGCUGGCUAGAUUCGCAUGGGUUCUACACUCCUACCUCUGUGAAGCACUUUAUGCGCCGCGGCCCGAGGAUUAAUUUUCACGAUUUUUGGGAUGGAGUUCGAGAUCCCAAUUUCUGGACAGUACAUUCGUUGUGGUGUGUGAUUUGGUAUGCAGUUUCUCUCAUGUUCUUUAUCACCUCCGUCGGCGCUGCAUUUGGAGGAACAUUGAUGCAGCUGAUUGGAGUGUAUACUGCCAACAUCUGCAAAAUCACUACAGGCAGUUGGUUCGCGCCCCUUCCUCAACGCCCUAUGGUUUUGAUCUCUGUCAAUUCGCCUCAAAUGAUUGACAGUGCCAUGCAAUAUUGGGUUCGUUGCGCCGUCACCGCUAUAGUAUUCAUGGUAGUGGUGAGCUUCAUGGCAUGGUGGUACCAACGUAGGAUGAGAGACAUGUUUACUGAAAUUGUUCGAACAAUCGGCUCGGACAAGUGGGAUAGUUUCGAUACUAUGAGGUCACGGGAAGAGGGCAGGAGGGUGGAAUGCGCCAACUAA